ACUUUGAUGUCGCCGUCUAAGAAGUUUGACGAUGCUGCAUCGUAUCUGUCGAAUGCGCCGUCACUAGCAGGCCUUUCGUCGUCGACGAGGCUCGAGCUCUACGGACUGUUCAAAUAUGUCACCGUAGGAGCAAGCCCUGGCAGCAGUCGACCCUCGAUAUUUGAUAUGACCGGGCGGGCGAAAUGGGAUGCAUGGAACGCGAGCGGAAAGAAGUGGCCCACUGCCGAACAAGCGGAAGCCCGAUACUUGGAACUGGCCCAAACCAGCUUGAAGCCGCCCAAGGCUGAACCAAAGCCCGACGACGAUGAUAUCUGGGACGACGACAGCACUGCACCGAAAUCGGGACAAGGCUUGGGUGUCGCCGUCAGUAGCAUGGCGGGCCCCGUCGAGGUCGUCGGCGACGACGACCUACACGGCCUCGCGGUGUCUAACCAGAUAGCCAAGCUAGCGGCCCUUGAUGAAUAUGGAUACACGGCUCUCCAUCUCGCAGCAGACCGCGGAAAUACAGCCAUUGUCAAGAUUCUACUCGACCACGGCGCGAAUGCAGUACUAAAAGACUCGGACGGGUUCUCUGCAUCUGAACUCGCUCGUAUAGCCGGUCACAGCGACAUUGUGCAACUACUGUCCUCUUGACGUCUACGGGUGAAUCGCCAUUAUGAGGUCGCCUCUGUUUCAGCCGGCGUUGUCGUCUCCUCAGACGGUAUGGGAGCCUCCGCUGUAACGGGGUAUUUGGGCUGCAAACGGGCAGCUGUCGAGUACGGUGAAUCUGGAGAUAGUAUUUUUCCUGCUUCCAACAGCUUGACCACUGACUUGCUGGGUACAGCGCCUACACUGAGCCAGUACCGUAUCCUGUCCACACUCCAUUCAAUCUUUUUCUCGUCCUGCCCCGGACGCAAAUUUGGGUCGUAAAUGCCCAGCAACUCUGCAGGCUUCGCAUUUCGCGCUUUGCGUUGAUUUAUUGCGACGAGAUGGAGGAUGCGGCGGUUACGAACUCCAUGCAUCGCAAACCGAAGUCGCAUCGGCAUGGUGGUUGCGCGAAGUAGUUGUCACAGUUGUGACUUU